GGCGAGAGCGAGCGGGACCGAGAGGCAGCGCGAGCGCCAGAGCCAGAGGCGUGAUGCUGGCGAAAUGGGGAGCCGGGCAACAGAGGAUGCGGGGACUCCGCUGAAGGCGCGGCGGGGGCUGCCCAGACGCCGCCUCCGAUGAAGCAGAUCUGGAUUCAGAAAAAAAGCAUAUGGUGGGUUGCUGUGAGUCUUUCGGGCUGUGUGGCCAUGUUCCAGAAGCUUUCUCUCCUGACGUUUCACCCACAUCUGUGGCAGGCAUCCUCAGAGCUUGUGAGGUUUGACAACAUGCAGCCCAAUCAGCUUUGGUGUUGAAUGGGGAAAACCCAGUCAAAUGGAGCAGAUAAUGAAGUACUACAACAAUACAGAUGAGACAGAACUAUGUCAUAAUAUCCAGAAACAGAAUAGAAACAGAAAAAACAGAACAUCUUAAAACAUUGGAUCAAAUCUUGAGCAAGGACAUUUAUCAAUCGCAAUCCAGAUUUCAAGAUGGCAGCAGCUAUGUCAUGGAAGAUUUAAGAAGAAAACAAGUCAAAUGAUGCAUUUCUGAAAAAAAGGUGGAAGGAGACAAAGCAUUACCAAGGUUAUCUUUUAAUCUGCUGUCAAUUGGGGAUUGGGAACAGACUCCGUUCGAUGCUGCUGUUGUAUGACGAAUGAACCAGAAACAGUACCUCGCUUCAGGCUGCUCAGAUCAAACUUCAAACAAGAUCCUCAACCUCACACCUGAUGCUCUUUCAACUGGACCAUAUUCUCGGUCACAGACUUGUUUUUCUCUUUUCCGAAUCUGAGCAACCAGAGUUGCUUCUGGAGUGAGAGAAUUGGCCGUCUGCAAGGACAUUGCCCAGGGGACACCCAGAUAUUUUGAUGUUUUUACCAUCCUUGUGGGAGGCUUCUCUCAUGUCCCCGCAUGGAGCUGGAGCUGAAAGAGGGAGCUCAUCCGCGCUCAUCCGCGAACCUGGCAGAUUUCAGGUCAGCAACCCAACCCUCAAGUCAUGAGGCUUUUAUCCCCCAGGCCACCAGAGGCUUUUCUUAUGCUUCUGCAAGUGUUUAAAGUGUAGGUCUUCUUCUGAAUGAGCACAGACCACAUUGUAAUCCGCAUAUUGGAGUUCUAUGACAGAUGUCGUUGUGACCUUGGUUUUGGCUUUCAGUCUACUAGUUUCUAGGUAAUAUCUAUCUUGUCAGGAUAGAAGCUGGAUCAAGUAAAGAAAACCAACACCUUUAUCACCUUUACCCCUUCAUUUGAAGGGACGAACACUCAGAGUAAAGCCCCAUAAACCUUUAAAAUCCUUUUCUCUGUGCUAUAAGAGAGCCCCUAUAGCAUAUUGCACAUUUAUUUGUCUAAGUGCUAGAUGGGACUCCUUUGUAUUACAGCCACAGCAAUACUGUUUGGAACAAAGUGGUACAGUAGAGUCUCAGUUAUCCAAGCUAAAUGGGCCGGCAGAAGCUUGGAUAAGCGAAUAUCUUGGAUAAUAAGGAGGGAUUAAGGAAAAGCCUAUUAAACAUCAAAUUAGGUUAUGAUUUUACAAAUUAAGCACCAAAACUUCAUGUUAUACAACAAAUUUGACUGAAAAAGUAGUUCAAUAUGCAGUAAUGUUAUGUUGUAAUUACUGUAUUUACGGAUUUAGCAUCAAAAUAUCAUGAUAUAUUGAAAACAUUGACUACAAAAACGGCUUGGAUUAUCCAGAGGCUUGGAUUAGCGAGGCUUGGCUAAGUGAGACUCUACUGUACUAAAUUGAAAAGCUGUGUGAAGACAUUCUGAAGGAUGAGCUUGAAAACUCCUAGCCUAGGAAAUGUCUAGUAAAUGUCAAGAGUCUCACAUUGUUUGUUGCUCAUGAUAUUGUGUUGAUUUAUGAGACGCUGGUUCAUUAUCCAGUUCAGUGAGUUCAGUCUUAAUAUGGUUUCAUGAGUUCUUGUCUGCACAUUAGUAUCAGCCCUUGUCAUUUUGACACAGAUUAAUUGAAAACCAUGUUGGUGUGAAGAUAGACUUUGGUAUCAUCAAGGCUAUUGUCAUCCUGUUGGGAAAGUCACAACCGAAGCUUGUUGCACCUAAGCGUCUUUAUGAGUGUUUGAGGAAAGAGCACAACAAAGAUUGAGAAAAAAGCUGAGAAAAUAGUUUGUCUGAAGUGCUGAGAAUAACAAUAAGAUAAGCAUAACCAACAUCGUGAGAAAUAUUGACCUAGAUCCAAUAAAGGCACUAGUGAGUUCACAUUGGUGGGAGUGAGAGUGGGGUGUAGGUUGGCAUGAGGAGAUAUACUAACCUCCUUCCACAAAAUUUUCCGUUUGUGUACCAGCAUAAGUGCAACUUAGCCUGGUGUUUGUCACUAUUUCUAUUGCUGGUACAGUUUUCCCUCACUUAUUGCGGGGGUUAGGUUCCAGGACCACCCGCAAUAAGUGAAAAUCCGGGACACUAUAUUUAUUUUAAUAAUAUUUAUGCAUUAUUUUAGUAGUUAUAAACUAUUUUAAGUCUUUAUCAACCAAUCGUGUGUUGAUAAAUCACCUCCUUUUCCUCCCGUUGCCACUUGGGCUCCUGUUCUCUCCCUUUGGCUUCUCCUUCCUCCCUUCCUUAGGCUGUAAAUUGCAAUUUUUAUGACUUAUAAUCAUCUUUUAGAGUUUAUUGAAAAACCGCGAAACAGCGAAUCCGCGAAAAGUGGACCGCAAAGUAGUGAGGGAACACUGUAUAAUAAAACGUUUGGUUAAAUGACAUUGUAAGAUGUCCUUGCCCUAAAUAAAAGGAGCAAAAAGUAGAGAAGAUCUCACUGUGUUGGUGUUCUAAAUCUUUCCUUAAGUAAAUAACAUUACCGGUUGAGCAUCCCAUGUCUGGAAUUCUGAAAUCCAAAAUUCUUCAAAAUCCCAAACUGUCCACAUGGGUGGUUGAGAUAGUGAUACCUUUGCUUUCUGAUGGUUCAGUGUACCCACAAUUUGUUUUAUGCACAACGUUAUUAAAAUAUUUGUAUAAAAUUACUUUCAGGCUAUUCCUGCAAGGUCCAUAUGAUGAAAAAACAAUGACUUCAAUGUUUAGACCUGGGUCCCAACUCCAAUUAUGCAAUUACAGAAAUAACACGUCACCCCAGGCAAUGGAGACUAAUGCCUACCAAGUGAAGAAACACCAUUUGGGCUUUAAAUCAUUUCAGUGGUCUCCAUGAAUAAGUAUGCUUUUCUGUGUCGAACUUUAAGGCCCAGAAAAUAACAUGCUGCCUCUGUGGAGCCAAACGGUGGUAAUGGUUAAGAAGAUACUCAUUCAUUUUGCUGAAUAGAAGAGCACCAAGAACAAUGGCUUCCAAAGUCUCGUGUUUGUAUGUCCUGACAGUCGUGUGCUGGGCGAGUGCUCUUUGGUACUUGAGCAUAACACGUCCCACUUCGUCCUACACAGUUCACAAAACGUACGAUAGCAUCUCAAUGGCUAGAAAAAACGUCUCCUUUGGCAAUAUCAGGACUCGGCCAAUAAAUCCUCAUUCGUUUGAUUUCCUCAUCAACGAGCCAGAGAAGUGCGAGAAGAAUGCCCCCUUCCUGGUAAUCCUCAUCAGCACAACGCAUAAAGAAUUUGAUGCCAGGCAGGCCAUUCGAGAGACCUGGGGAGAUGAGAACAACUUCAAGGGCAUUAAAAUCUCCACUAUUUUUCUUUUGGGGAAAAACACAGACCCUGUGUUAAACCAGAUGGUGGAGCAAGAAAGUCAAAUUUUCCAUGACAUUAUUGUGGAAGAUUUCAUUGACUCCUAUCACAACCUGACUCUGAAAACGCUCAUGGGAAUGCGGUGGGUGGCUACCUUUUGUUCAAAAGCCAAGUAUAUCAUGAAAACAGACAGCGAUAUUUUUGUAAAUAUGGACAACCUUAUUUACAAAUUGCUUAAACCCAACACUAAGCCAAGAAGGAGGUACUUCACUGGCUAUGUUAUCAAUGGAGGCCCAAUCAGGGACGCCCGUAGCAAAUGGUACAUGCCGAGGGAUUUGUAUCCUGACAGCAACUAUCCACCGUUUUGCUCAGGCACUGGCUACAUUUUUUCAGCUGAUGUGGCCGAGAUGAUUUACAAAACAUCUCUCCACACUAGACUUCUUCAUCUUGAGGAUGUAUACGUGGGACUCUGUCUGCGGAAGCUUGGCAUCCACCCUUUCCAAAACAGCGGCUUUAAUCACUGGAAGAUGGCAUACAGCCUGUGCAGAUACCGGCGUGUUAUCACAGUGCAUCAGAUAUCCCCCGAGGAGAUGCACAGGAUUUGGAAUGACAUGUCAAGCAAGAAGCAUCUCAGAUGUUAGGACUUUUUAUAGAUGUAAAUACUUUUUUUGGAUUUUUUGUUUAGUUGGUUGUUCUUGUUUUUCAUCAAAGUAUAAACAGAUAUAAUUCAGCAAUGGGAAAUUAACUUCCAAGAGGGGAAAAGUCUUUGAUAUGCUUUGCUUGGUUGGUCUUUGGAGCUUCCGCCUCUGGUUGUAAAUGGUAGGCUCUGUUCAUAAUAUCAUCUGUCUUGUCCAGUGUCACAGCAUCACAUAAGAGAACAAAUGCCCACAAGUUCUCUAAUCCAUUUCCAUGCUGUCUCUGGAAUAAGAACUGUCCUUUUAGACUCGGGUGGCUAAUUCAAAUGUCCAAGUGGCUGUUUCAUAUUGCCUUCAGAUUCUUGUUUUUAAAAAGAAGCCUUAUGCUCACUGAACUGAAUGUGAAUGUUCCAAGCUAAAGAAUGUCAUUAUGCUCUUAUUUACCAUAUAAGAUGAUAUUUUUUUCAGUGAUUACCGAAGAUCCAUUUAAAUACAGAAUGACAUUUGAUUGGGAAAUUACAAUGGCAUAAGUAGGACUUACACUGUGGAAGUCAUAAUUGUGUUCCAACCACAUGAUAGCCAAAAAUCCUCUCCCCUUAACAACAAAAAGCAAAAUCAGUAUAACCUUCUCCAAACCUAUUUAUUGCUGUAUUGUUAGAGAGCAGGAGUGUGUUGCAAGGAUUGGGAAAUUACAACGGCAUAAGUAGGACUUACGCUGUGGAAGUUAUAAUUGUGUUCCAACCACAUGCUAGACAAAAAUCCUCUCUCCUUAACAACAAAAAGCAAAAUCAGUAUAGCCUUCUCCAAACCUAUUUAUUGCUGUAUUGUUAGAGAGCAGGAGUGUGUUGCAAGGAUUGGGAAAUUACAACGGCAUAAGUAGGACUUACGCUGUGGAAGUUAUAAUUGUGUUCCAACCACAUGAUAGCCAAAAAUCCUCUCUCCUUAACAACAAAAAGCAAAAUCAGUAUAGCCUUCUCCAAACCUAUUUAUUGCUGUAUUGUUAGAGAGCAGGAGUGUGUUGCAAGGAUUGGGAAAUUACAACGGCAUAAGUAGGACUUACGCUGUGGAAGUUAUAAUUGUGUUCCAACCACAUGAUAGACAAAAAUCCUCUCUCCUUAACAACAAAAAGCAAAAUCAGUAUAGCCUUCUCCAAACCUAUCAAUUGCUGUAUUGUUAGAGAGCAGGAGUGUGUUGCAAGGAUUAGGAAAUUACAAUGGCAUAAGUAGGACUUACACUGUGGACGUCAUAAUUGUGUUCCAACCACAUGAUAGACAAAAAUCCUCUCCCCUUAACAACAAAAAACAAAAUCAGUAUAGCCUUCUCCAAACCUAUCAAUUCCUGAAUUGUUAGAGAGCAGGAGUAUUUUGCAAGGACGACACUUGCAGAGACAAGAACCCCUGGACGUCCCUACUGAGGCUAAUAAUGGGAGACCUAGUUAUUGAAACAUUGUUCUGUGACUCACAUACAUCUUCCUUUACACGAUCUCAAGCAUGUUUAUCCCCUAGUACAAACAUAAUGAGAUUUUUUUUCCAGAAAUCAUGCCAGGGUUCCAAAAGGCCUGUUGUAGAUUUCCAUCCCACUGUUCUUUCCCCCCCAAAAAACCUUCCAACAUCAGACAUUCAUCUGUCCAGAAUCUACUGCGCAGUAACUGAAAUACAGUAGAGUCUCACUUAUCCAAGCUAAACGGGCCGGCAGAAGCUUGGAUAAGCAAAUAUCUUGGAUAAUAAGGAGGGAUUAAGGAAAAGCCUAUUAAACAUCAAAUUAGGUUAUGAUUUUACAAAUUAAGCACCAAAACAUCAUGUUAUGCAACAAAUUUGUCAGAAAAAGUAGUUCAAUACGCAGUAAUGCUAUGUAGUAAUUACUGUAUUUACGAAUUUAGCACCAAAAUAUAUCGAUAUAUUGAAAACAUUGACUACAAAAAUGACUUGGAUAAUCCAGAAGCUUGGCUAAGCAAGGCUUGGAUAAGUGAGACUCUACUGUAAUGCAAAAAGAUACUCUUGAAAUAAAAAAAAAUUAAAAAAUCAACAAUAUCUUUGUGCUUUCAAUUCACAGUUUUCAUCUCAUGUUCCCCGACUUAGAUUUUAAGCCUAUGACCAUGCACCUAUGAUUAAUCCUUCUGGACACAAUUUGACUUAAUUCAGAACACCUAUCUAUAGUUUGAUGUGUCUUGGCAGAGAUUAAUAUCUAUACCCCAUAAUGUAGCAAUGCAUAUUUUUCAUUUCCUCACAUCAAAUGCAAAAUAAGACCUCAAAAUAAAUCCAUAUAUUAACUCAGUGCUAAAAGAUAAAGCAGAAAACAUGUGGCAGAAAAUGCAUGCUGAAUCACAAGAAGGAAAAAAUAUGUAUUAAAGUUUGUAAAGAUAAUAAAUGGUAUCAUUUUCCCUUCUUGAAAUGAAAUGUCACUUUUUAAUGAGCAGUUUAUUCACCAAAAAUUUAAUUAUACCAUUUUCUUACAUUUGUACAGACAAUAUUAAAACAUCAGGAGGAUUUCCAUAUGCGUAGGAAGAAAUAUGCAAUACAAUCCAAUAAACUAAUGUGCUAAUUACUGGACAAAAAGAUAAGGAAGUCCACAGCAAACACUUCGGCUAUGACAGUGUUAAAACACACAUUUGUUUAAUUUUUUUAAAAGUGUCUUUAAAAGAGCCCAAGGAAAUUAUCAAUUAUGAAAAGGCUACUCACUGGAAUUAUAGAACUGCGGUUUGUAGAUAUAAGCAUAAUUAGAGUUUUUGACAAUUACAAUGCCCAUGAGCUAAAUAGAGAGCCAGCAAAAAAGGAGAAGGUUGAAAUGAAUCCCAUUUUUCUAUUUACUGCUCCAUGUGUGCCAUUCCCGAUAGCACUAACUUGUAAUAACAUUGAAAAGCAAGUGCUCAUCACAAUCUGAGAGGCACACUGCCAACUUUGGAAUAACGUUGAUAAAGGCAAUGACAUAGGCAAUAGCCAACAUUUUUUUAAAAAUGAAACCCGACAGUUUCAGAAUCAACCAAUAUUUUGAAAAUGGGCUGUACAUGAAAAGUGCCAGUUAGUCGUCCCUCAUUGUCCCCACAUCUUAAGAAAAGAGAGAGGGCAAUUCUCGCUUUUACUCAAUUCAGUUGGGCAAUCAAACUGAGUUCCUUGAAAACAACUAUUAUUUCCAAGCCAGACAUUCUUUCCAUGCUUUUCUCCAAAGGUCUAGGGGCAACUUGUCUCUUUUUCAUCCCGUUCAAGCUCGUGAAAAAAAGAGAGGUAAAACGGUCAGAAAAACAGAACACUGAAUUGGCUAAUAAUAAUAAUAAUAAUAAUAAUAAUAAUAAUAAUAAUAAUAAUAAUAAUAACAACAACAACAACUUUAUUCUUAUACCCCGUCCCAUCUCCCCGAAGGGACUCGGGGCGGCUUACAUGGGGCCAAGCCUGGACACAACAAUAUAAAAGCAAAACAAUAAAACAGAUCAAUCAAUAAAAACAAGUCAUAAAAAAACCACAUACAAAAAAUGAUAAAUGAAUUGGCCAACAAAGAAUUUCUGAAUAGAUCACAUCAUUUUUUGCUUUAAAAAAAUCUAACUGUUCUGCUCAUAAAUAUGCUGAUGUUAAAUGUGAAAACAAUUUAGGAAAUUAAGAUGAAUUUCAGAACUACCAAACAGGAGAUAAAAACAGCCUGUCUAAUCUCACAUUGUGUUCACAUAAUCCUCUUUUAUUUUAGGCAGAGUAAUGAUAUGGAUAUAAUGAUAUAUACAUCUUGACAUGUAUCUAUGAAUACUAUGUUCUAUAUGUCCUGCUUUUAAAAGACACAAAAAGUCAAACUACAGGAAAUAAGACACCACCUGAACAUUAGGAAGAACUUCCUCACUGUGAGAGCUGUUCAGCAGUGGAACUCUCUGCCCCAGAGUGUGGUGGAAGCUCUUUCUUUGGAAGCUUUUAAGCAGAGUCUGGAUGGCCAUCUGUCAGGGGUGCUUUGAAUGUGAUUUUCCUGCUUCUUGGCAGGGGGGUUGGACUGGAUGGCCCAUGAGGUCUCUUCCAACUCUAUGAUUCUAUGUUCAACUCCUAUUGCUUUUAAUGUUUUUUCCUAAUACCAUGCAAUAUUGCAUAGAUAUAUAUUUCAACAUACCCUGUCUGUUCAUCUGUCUGUUACAGUUAUGUCAUAUUGGAACAUCUACUGAAAUCUGCAGUAUUUUCAGUCACUGUUUGGAAACUAGGUAGCUAAUGAAUAACAUGUAUGGUCUAUGUACAAACACUGAAGAUUAAAGUCAAUUGGAGUUUCACUAUGAACUUGGGAAGAGGUGAAUUGCUAAAUGUAUCCUUAGCUCUUUGGGCACAACUUACUCAAAUGGAAGCUACUUCUCAAAGGAGGAUCACAUAAUGCAGAAAAAUAGUACAGAGUGGUUUUCACUGAUCAUUAGCAUUCCAAUACAAAUAGCUUGUUUUGAUACAUAUCUGCAAUUUGAUAGAGAAAGACAUCCAUAAUCAAGUCAUGUUCAUAGCGAUGAAACUGGAUCAAGCUGUAAGCUCAUGAAUAUCCUUUACUGUAUUAGAGACCAAUAUCCUGUGAGGCUUCAGUGAGUCCCAUCACAGGUCAUACAUCAUACAGAGAGCUUUUAGAUCACUCGAGACGCUGAGGGAUGUCUACAUGCAUUAGCUCUAUGAUAAAGUCAGUAAAAUGUCUCUCACUUAACCAGCAACAGCUGACAAAACCUCCACCCAAGGCAAAAAACAGCUGUUCGGUUACCUUUUUCAUGAUAAUGAUACAAAGACAGUAAAAACCACGAACCUGAUUUAUAAGUUACCUUGCUUUAGAAAGUCUAUUUUAAAUGUAGAGCAAGCUAUAGAGUCCCAUACCCUCUUAACUGACAGUAAGCAUUAUUGAACUCACUGCAACUUACUUCUGAGUAAAUAUGUAUAGGAUCGUGUUGUUAAAAUACUGUUCAAUCUGAAUCCUGUGCUUUAUAAUUUUGUAAAGGAAUGAGUCAAACUGCUACGCUUCCAUGUCUAGUUGGAAGAUACCAUUCAACCCAGGAUCCGUGGUAGCUAGGAAUAGGUAAAGGUAAAGGUUUCGCCUGAUGUGAAGUCCAGUCGUGACCGAUUCUGGGGGUUGCUGCUCCUCUCCAUUUCUAAGCCGAAGAGCCAGCUUGUCCGUAGACACCUCCAAUGUCAUGUGGCCGGCAUGACUGCAUGGAGUGCCGUUACCUUCCCGCCAGAGCGGUACCUAUUGAUCUACUCACAUUGGCAUGUUUUUGAACUGCUAGGUUGGCAGAAACUGGAGCUAACAGCAGCCGCUCCCGCUGCUCCCAAGGUUUGAACCUGGGACCUUUCGGUCUGCAAGUUCAGCAGCUCAGCCCUUUAACACACUUCCCACCGGGACUCCUUAGCUAGGAAUAGGCAUGUUGUAUUAAGAACAAUGCCUGGUUGGAUUGAUAACCAAGAAUGCCUUGUGAAAGAAACAAAACCCAGUCCAAGUCACACAAAAGUUACAAAAUCAAUAAAUUGCUUAUUCACUGGGUAUAGCUUGGAAAAGUGUCACCUCUUUAUUCCAUUCAUUUGCCCUACUAUUAGCCUGCUUAAAGGCACAUGAAAUCCUACAUUUUAUAUUGAUCAGUAUGUGAAUAAGAAAACACGGACAGCUUGUACAGAACUCUAUUUUAAAAUGUUUGGUCUUAUUAGUGCUGUUUUCCGAAUUUACAGUAGAGUCUCACUUAUCCAACAUAAACGGGCCGGCAGAACGUUGAAUAAGUGAAUAUGUUGGAUAAUAAGGAGGCAUUAAGGAAAAGCCUAUUAAACAUCAAAUUAGUUUAUGAUUUUACAAAUUAAGCGCCAAAACAUUAUGUUAUACAACAAAUUUGACAGAAAAGGUAGUUCAAUAUGCAUUAAUGCACCAAAAUAUCACGAUAUAUUGAAAACUGACUACAAAAAUGCGUUGGAUAAUCCAGAACGUUGGAUAAGCAAGUGUUGGAUAAGUGAGACUCUACUGUACAUGCAUCUAUUCAGUAGUAGCUAGCAAUUGCUACUAAAGUACUCAGUUGAACAUGGAAAAGCAAGUUCGCCUAGAUAUUACAUUAUUCUUGAUGCUUCCAUAGGAUGACGCUCUAAUUCUGUGCUUUAAAGACACAGUGUCAUCCUCCAAAGCUGAGCUUGAAUUCACCACAUGGAACAAAGUAAUAUGUGUAUCCUAAGUCCCUGAAGCAAUUUUGUCCAAAUCGUCUCUCUACUACUUUACUCAGAUAGUAUGUUUCAUCUGGCAAAACCACUGAGAUACACAAUGUGCUCAGGGAAGCCCCAACAUGUGUAGAAUCUAUAUAUAUAAAAGAGUGAUGGCAUCAGGGCAGCGGACAAAACAACAAAACUACAGGCCCCCCAACCUCGAAAUUUGACAACACAACCCAUCAUUCAUGGCUCUAGGUUGAUACAACAAAAAGAAAAGAAAAAUAAAGUCCUAAUUACAGGGAGAGGAAUAAUAGUUUUUAUCCAAUUGCUGCCAGUUUGAAGGCUAAGCUCCACCCACUUGGUCUCCUAGCAACCUACUCAGUCCAGGGGACAGGCAUAGUUAGGCCUCACUUAGGCCUCUUCCACAGAUUAUCAGAUUUUAACUGGAUUAUAUGGCAGUGUAGACUCAAGGCCCUUCCACACAGCUAUAUAACCCAUUUAGAAUCUUAUAUUAUCUGCUUUGAACUGGAUUAUCGUGACUCCACACUGCCAUAUAAUCCACUUCAGUGUGCAUACUAAACAUAAAGACUACCAUACAACAGACAUUCAAUACCACCACUACCUCAACAAUUUCUUACCAACACCACCAGACAACGCCACAGCAACGCGUGGCUGGGCACAGCUAGUCUAUAUAUAUAAAAGGGUAAUGAAAUUUCGGCCUAGGGCAAAACAACAAAACUACACAUCCCAGAAACACUAAACUUGGCUGCACAACCCUUCAUCCAUGCCUCUACAUUCAUACAACAAAAAGCUCCAGCUACUCCAGAAAACGGCCAGGCUUUGAGACUGCAAGGCUAUUCACUACUAUUCCACCUGGCCGACAAAUGAUUCCCAUAAGCCACAGCAACGCGUGGCCGGGCAAAGCUAAUUUUAUAUAUAAAAAGAUUUAGCAGGACAAGGAUUAAAAAACAGUCCAGUGAAGACCAAGCAUUGUCCGUGGCUGAGAAACUUGCUCCAUCUUCUAUGUGACAUUCCUUCAGAUAUUUAAUAUCACAUCAUCUCUCAGUCUUCUCAUCUCCAAACAAAUAAACCCAGCUCUCUCCAUUGUUCAUAAAAAAAGUCUUUGAUCAUCUUGGUUGCGUCUUUCUCUGAAUCUUCUCAGAAACACUGCUGUUAGGACUGUACCCUUUGCAAUGUAGUGUCCUCCAACAGUGAUACUCAGCUUUAACUCUCAGAAGCCCUGCCUGGGAUCACAAACCGUCAGGGAUUUUGGGAACUGAAGCUCAGUAAAAUCUGGAGCUCUGGAACCCUGGUUUUUAUAUCGCACUCUUGGAUAGUGUUGUAACACCGCUAUAUGCCUUUCAGUUAUGAGAAGAAAUAAUCCAGAAGCUAGAUAAGGUUCAAUGGAGUACUUGGUUGCACUGAACAAUAUUUGGAAAUGUCAUGAUGUGUUAAGACGUACAAGAGAAUCUAAACAAUACCCAAUACCUGGCAUAGUAAAGUCAUAAAAAAUCCAACAUUAACCCCAUCUCUUAGGAAAAUAAUAGGUUCUUAGCACUGAACAAACAACUGCCUGAGCCUAGACUUUUUUAAAUUAACAUUUCCCUUAGUAUUGCAUUAAUGCUUGACAUUAUAUCUCCCUUUCCCCUUCCCCCCCAAAACACACUUUUUUUUUCCUUUGACAGAUUUGUAAAUAUCCAUUGUGGCAAGUAUUGUAUAUAUUUUACGUCAGAUCCAUCUCUAUCCCACUGCAUAUACCCAUAGCUUGCAGUGUAACAUUUGGUUGUGCAUGGAGCUGCAGCAAACUUUCUGUCUGUUUCCAGAGCCUUAAGCAUGGUGCGUGCCCUGAUAUUUGAAUGUAGAAGACAUUUUACAGCUUAACUGAUUUUUUAUACUUUUCUUAAUUAUUUUGAACGAACUGAAGUUGGAAAAGGAUAACUGGACACUGAAUAUUUAACUUGGAUAGAAAUUGCUUUUCGGGGAAAUGUUUGAUAAAAAUAAGAUGUAAAGAAUCAAUAGCCAGUAUUUGUUUUAUAUUUGUCUAGAAGAAAACAAGUGCUGUUAUUUGAAAGACAUUUGAUUUGUUCACAACAGGAGAAACUAUGUGACAGAACCACUCUUUUUAAUACAGUAGAGUCUCACUUAUCCAACAUAAACGGGCCAGCAGAACGUUGGAUAAGCGAAUAUGUUGGAUAAUAAGGAGAGAUGAAGAAGCCUAUUAAACAUCAAAUUAGGUUAUGAUUUUACAAAUUAAGCACCAAAACAUCAUGUUAUACAACAAAUUUGACAGAAAAAGUAGUUCAAUAUGCAGUAAUGCUAUGUAGUAAUUACUGUAUUUAUGAAUUUGGCACCAAAAUAUCACGAUUUAUUGAAAACAAUGACUACAAAAAUGCAUUGGAUAAUCCAGAACAUUGAAUAAGUGAAUGUUGGAUAAGUGAGACUCUACUGUAAUUGUAACCACUGUCUGGACAAAAAUCAUCUAUGUUUUUGGGGGUGAAAUAUAAACAGGCAAAGCACAUAUUGUCAGUAAGCUUUCCAAAGUCUGCGCUUCUGAAGAACUAUUUCAUCAGAGAUAUUCCUAAUAGACAAGUUUGAAGGAGUCCAAAGUCAUUAAGAUUCAUGGGAUAGAUAACACGUAGAGAAAGCCAAUUUGCAAAAGGAAAAAUAAGUAAUUGCCUAAUGAAAACUUGUUGACAUUAUCUGAAGUUUUGGUGUGACAUUAUAUACGAAUGGCUGUAUUUAUGUAUUUAUUUGUCCAAAUUGUACAUAUUGUUUUCUCUAGCGUAAUUGUCUAAAAGUGCUUUCUUCUAGUUGAACAGUAUUAUCUAGGGGUCACGGGGGUGUCAGCCAAGCUGCUAAUCAAAUUUUAUAUUUAUGAACAAUAAUGUUUUAAAAAGAUUAAAAAUGAAAAUUGUCCUGUACACUUUACUUUUUGUCACUCCUUACUGAAAUAUAAACUAGAGCAGCACGAAGCUAAGCUACAGCCACAUUGGAUGAGGACAAAGUGUUUGCUGAUCAUUUUUUUAAAAAACUGGGAAAAUAAAUUACGGGGGCAAAACCCUA